GGCACGUUUUGCAUUCGUGUGACGGUGGUCACGGUUGGCGUAGUGAGAUGCAGUGAGUGUUGCACAGCAGUCCCGGCACUGUGCAAAAAGACCGUGCUGUGUCUUUUUUGGUGCUCUAAACUUCAUCGUCAGCAAAAUUUCGCUUCCAACCCGUCGUGGACGAGUUCCAAGUGUCGUGUUGCCAAGCGAGUGUUGCAACCCGGGGACACGGACGUCGACAACACAACAACAGGCCCAGCGGCGCCGCAGUGAAUGUUUGGCCGCGGACAGGAUCGCCAUGGCGCUGGCACAUAUCGCACGGAUCAUGCACGACUCGUUGCAUCGGGGCGUGCGCGACGUGUCCGAGUUUCUGCAGCACGAGCAGGGGGAAGAAUUCUUCGUCGCCCGCAACAAAACGUUCGCGGUGAAUCUGCUCGCGUACGCGCUUGGCCACCUGCCGCCGACGCGCGUUACCAGCCUUGAUCAGUGGGAAAGUUCCAGCGAGCUGGUGGCCGAUCGGAAACUGCACCAUUUGCUAACCGCGCUCGUCGAUCGGAUGCCGACGCUCGAGUUUCAACUCAUCCCACUGGUGCUGCUGGCGGACGAUCGUCUCGACGCGUCCUUUAUUGUGCGCGUGCGCAAUGCCCCGCACCGGACGCCGGAUUGCGUGUACAUCGAUCUGAGCCACCGGAAGUACGCUCGGUUCGAGCAGUUUCUCACCGCAAACAGGCUUCCGGCCUGUACUCUGUGGUAUCCGGUGAACGGGGUGCUGCGGUACGAAUGCGCCGCCGACCCGAACGUGCCGCCAGCGCUAAAGAUCGAAAGUCGUCGAAACACGCCCCCGAGCGGCGUGUGGCAGAUGCUAACGGUGGCCACCGGUGCGGCUGCAUCGCUGCUCGCCUUCACCCCGCUCGGCGCUACCGUGACCAUUCCGCUAACGAUGGCCAGCAGCGUGUUUUCGCUCUCGGACCUGGCGGACAGCUGCAAGCACGAUACGGGCCUCACGGUGGCUAGACGCGCCAUCGCCCUAGCGCUUAACCUCACCAGCUUUGCGAGCGCCGGCGUAACGGCAGCCUGUCGGGUGGAUAAGCUGCGCCGGCUGAUACCAGCGGAAAGGCUGCUGCAACUCGAACGGACCGGACAGUUUCUCACCGCAACCAUGCGAAUGGCCGCCACCGGUGGCGCCAUCCUGACGGUGAUCGGAACGGUUGGCGGGUGGCAAACGCUGUCCACCGGCGAAUGGCUGGAACUGGCCGCCCUGCUCUGUUUCGCGUACCGGGAGUGUUUCAACGAAGCGACUGCCAUCCGCCUGUUCAACCAAAUGCAGCGGAACGGGGUCCGUACCUUCUUCCGCAAGCUGUGCCCCAACGUGCCGGAUGGCGUGCUGCGCACCAAGCUGACGGGCGUCUGGUUCGAACGGUUGCUGCCGCUUGUGAUGGACUAUCUAAUGCAAGGCGUACAGUUUGAGGUGGACGACAGCUUCGCCACCAUCUCCCUGCACGGCUACCGGCUGCAGUUUGACGCCCUGUUCAACGUUAACUGGUCCCAGCUGCUAACGUUGCUGCGCUUUCUGCAGUCGUCCACGGCCAGCAUCAGCGCCGGUCAAAAGCGAUGGACGCAGCACGGUGUGGAGGACGUCGUCGAGCUGCUGCAGUUCGUGGGCAAGCUGCGCGACGUUGCCUGCGCAAUGCUGGCCGAUUACGUCACGCUUGGCCACGGCCAUCGCUUUACCCUCGGUACCGUGCGUGCCUUCCUUGCGACCGCACAUCUGAACAAGCUGGAACUGCUAAAGCAGAUGGCUGCGCUCGAUCCGAAAGCUACGCAAGCCUUGAACGAGCUGCGCGAACGACCGGCCGGCAUCGACGGUGGUGAUCCGGAGCUGUUUCGAUGGCUUGCCACCCAUACGGCCGCCACCGGGUACGAGGCCGCACUGCGGGCGCUACUGUCGGUGGCAGCACACCGGUCGAGCUGCUCGGGCCCGAUCGCAUUCGACCGGGAGCGUAUCGUCGUCAGUCCGCUGUUUGCCUUCAGCGCGGAAGCAUUCCUCGCCGUGCCCGACUGCUGGCGCAGCAUCCUGCUGCACGACGAGCGAUUUCUGCGCCUUUGUUACGAUGCCGACGAGCGGAAGCUGCUGCAGCCGCGGGCCGCCGCCGUCUGGCUGCGCACCUGUUGCAGUGACGCCAUCCAUUACCGUGACACGGUCGAGCUGCUCCGGCAGCUGUUCGAGCGGGCCGAUGCCACGGGCACGCUACCGGCCGCACUGGAGUAUGCGCUCGGGUUCGAGGGCACGGUGAGCGUGCCGCACGUUUACUACAGCAUUCUGAGCGCGUGGAAGCAGAGCACCGGGCGGCGGUUUGCACCGUUCGACAAGCGAACGAUGCACCACUUUCGGCGGCUGAUGACGGACGCGGAAGCGCUCGGCCUCGUAGCAUUCCACCGUACGCCGGUUCGCGAUGACGAGCUAGCCGAGCUGCGACACGAUGACAGCGCCUUGGUCCGGUUCGUUGCCGGUGCUGGGCUCCGGCAGCUGCUGGGACACGUGCCGGCUGAUGCGUCGAACUGUACGAUUCCUUUCGGACCAGCCGAGCGAGCCGCCUGCUGGCUCGGGAUGAUACCUGCACUGCGCAAUCCGGACGGUCGCCAACGAAUCCGGCAAACGCUGCUGGCGCUGGUGACCAGCGGGUCCGGGCGGGUGUUACAGCCGGUCGCUGACAGCGAACAGUACGGGGGACGUACCAUGGACAUCCGAAGACUGAUGUUUGUGCGGAACGCGGAUACGAUCAUACUGGAAGCGCAAAUCCGUGAGGACGGUUACAUUCACUUUUCAUUUUACCUCUGCGGAAGCACGAUCUGCGCUAGCGGAGCAACAUAAUCGUUUCGUUGAGUUGUUUUUUUUUUUAAGUAGAACAUAAAUAAAAGCAAAUGAUACUAACGUUACCCAUA